AUGUUUUACCUUGAAAAGUUGAACUCUUUUAUAGAAAACAAAUAUGCAAUGUCCAAUUGGAAUAAAAAAAAAUAUAUUUGGAGAUAUAGUCUAUUUUUUAAUAUUUUUUAUGUAUUACUAAUAUUUUGUAUAAUAUAUACAUUAGUAAUUAAAAUUUUAGUAUCUCAAGAAAAAUAUUCUAAUCACUCAUGUAAUAUUGCAAAUAUUGCAUCAAUACAAAACAUGUAUGUGAUUGUAUUAGUAUUUAUAUCUUUAAUGGGAUCUUUAAAUUUUAUUUUUUCACGUUUAACAUAUAUAUAUUCGAAAUUUACAAAUAGUGAAUUCUUUAAUUUAGGAAUUUAUUAUUCAAUCAUAGGUUUUUUAAUUAAAUAUAUUUCUUGGAUUUUAUCAUUAAUAUAUAUUUCAUGGGUUGCAUUUUUAUUAAUAACCAUACUUACUAUUAUUUUUUAUCCUAAUAAAUGGUGUGGUCGAAAAUAUAACACUUAUGGGAUGGAUGCUAUGAGCAAUUGCCUUUUAGUAAAGAAUGAUGUGGCAGGUUGUGAAAUAUCUAGCGAAAUACUAAACAUUAAAUCAAAAGAAUUAUGCAAUGAUUUAGAUUAUUUAAAAGUGCAUAAAUUUUUGUACCUAGUUCGUUCAUCACCUAAUGCCACAUGCACAUUAAGAGACAAACAAUUAUGUAACACUUUUGUUGAUUUUUUAAGAAAUAAACCAAUCGAUGUGGAUGCUUUCCCAAAUUGUUCAAAAUAUUCCGGAGAUGCUCCAGAUGAUUAUUUUUUAGAAAAUACUAAUAAUAAAAGUGAUAUUUAUUUGCUUUCAUUAUCUCUUACAUUUUUUUGUUUUUUCACAACUAUUAUAUUAUUUACUCUUUUUAUUCUUAUAAGAGUAAAUACACCAAUUGAUUCUUCAUUUAAAAUCAAUAGUGAAAGACUAAGUUUUUUUUUUCGAUUUACUCGUAUUUUUGAUGUGUGGAAAUAA